GACUUUUUCAAGUGAACAUCUGAACUUAAUUAGCGUUGGUACAAUGGGAGAAUUUUGAACCAGGUAGGUAUGUAUUAGCGAGAAAUGGCAUUAAAUACGUUUCACUUAGGGAGAAGGGAUAAACGAACAGUUGUGCCGUCAGAAAUGUCCAUCAGUUUGUACUUGCGACCCCACCAUGUCUUACGUACUCGUGUUCAUAGUGUUGACGUCCGUUAUCCAUUUCAGCGAUAACGUACCUCUUACAACGUGGGAGAAAAAGUUGGUAUGUGCACAACUGCCAGCGUUCGUGCUCGAAGACAUCCUCGGGGCUGCAUUCAAUCCGAGGUACAUGAGUGUCGAAGAGCCAGUCAAAACCGAGUCUGCAAGUAGUGGAAAACGUGGUGUUUCUUUCGGAGAAGAGUUCUACGUCAACGACAACUUUCUCGAACAAAUCGACUCCGAGCCAGCCUGGAACGUCAACAACCACGUAACCCUUGCAAAGAAGCGAUACGGGCUCCAUCGAAGGAAAAGAAGUAGCGACUAUUUACAGCAAUGGCAGUGCAGUUCUAAAAUUGAAUGGAUCGAUUUGGGGCCGGAUUAUUUUCCGAGAUAUUUGCGAUCGGUAGUGUGUUUAAGUGAAAAUUGUUGGUUCGGUCUGUAUAGCUGCAGACCAAAAUCGUUCACAGUUAAACUGCUACGAAGAAAAAAGGGUUUUUGUGCGAACGAUUCUAAAAAUGGCAAUCAAGUAGGAUUGAGCGGUUUGCCGAAGGAUUUGAAGGAGUUGUGGGUGUGGGAAGAAAAAGCGCUGAAUUUUUGCUGCGAUUGUGUGAGGGUGUAGGAACGUUUCAG